UAAACUUUACAAUGAGCCUGUCUCUUCUUAUUGGAGCUGCACUGGUGUUGCAGCGAUCAUUUGAAAGUGUGGUGUGAGGGUUUUCUCUUACACAAGCCUGGAUUUCCUGAGCAACGCAACAACACUCCUGACAUUUGGAGAGAGCUCCUUCUCUGGUAAAGGAUUCAGGUCCAAAGACAAGAAGAACUUUUCCUUUGAAGACUUCAUUCCACAGAGAGGAUGAUAAAGCAGCUGUUGAUUGGGAUUGUGUGUAGUGCUGCCGUACUGACCUUCGGGAUCCUAAUUGGCCACUUUGGUAUCAAUAAGAGCAGCAACUCGGCACCGUCCUGGGUGAAGGAUGUGACCAAGGAUGUGGACGAGAGCUUCAUUGAGAAGUUCUUGUCUGAGGUGGACAACAUCCAGAUUCAAGAAAACCUUAGGGAGCUGACCAAAGUGCCCCAUAUGGCCACCACAGCCGGAGACGAGCAGACGGUGCAGUUCAUGCUAAAGAGAUGGCAGGACCCCGAAACCGGUCUGGACCAGGCCUGGAGGGAGGAGUACAUGGUUUACCUGUCCUUCCCCGACCCCAAGAACCCAAACAAGGUCACUGUAGUGAGCCCGUCGGAGACUGUGCUGUACGCUGCCAGAGAAAAGGAGAAGAGUUAUACCCCUGACCAAGAUGACCCUGAGGUGGUUCAGCCAUAUGCUGCGUACUCCCCUGCUGGACACCCGAAGGGUAAACUGGUGUACGCCAACCAGGGGAAACCCAGUGACUACCACCUGUUGAACACUACGGUUGACCUUCGAGGAACCAUCGCGAUCACCAGAUAUGGCGGAGCAGGAAGAGCUGACAAAGCCAUUAAUGGAGCACCAUACGGAGUGAUCGGGGUUCUUGUGUACACAGACCCUUUGGACAUCAAUGAUGGUGUCAUGUCAGACCUCAAUGAGACAUAUCCUCACUCCUGGUACCUGCCGCCGUCCGGUGUGGAGAGAGGCUCCUUUAACACCCACUAUGGAGACCUGCUCACUCCCUACCUGGCUGCCAAAGAUGAAACCUACAGAAUCCCUGUCGAGGACAUCACAGGGGUCCCUCCCAUUCCUAUUCAACCAAUCGGAUUUGAGGAUGCCUACAAGCUAAUCUGUGAGCUGGACGGAGAAGCAGCUCCAGCUCUAUGGCAGGGAUCAUUCAACUGUACCUACAACUUUGGCGGUCCAGGGUUCAAACUGACAUCUGCUUUCAACAACAGUGAUGUGAAACUGGACAUCUUCAACCGUGAAGAGUUGAAGAACUCCUCCAAUGUGAUGGGGGUCAUCAGAGGGAGUGUGGAGCCAGACAGGUAUGUGAUCUAUGGGAACCACAGGGACAGCUGGGUCCACGGUGCCAUCGAUCCCAGCAGCGGGACGUCCGUCAUGCUGGAAUUAACCAGAGUGCUGGGCAAGAUGGUCAAGCAGGGCAAAUGGAGGCCUCGCAGGUCCAUUAUUUUUGGAAGCUGGGGAGCGGAGGAGUUUGGCCUUAUUGGGUCUGCAGAAUACACAGAGCAAUACUUCACCAAGCUCAGUGAAAGAACCGUUGCGUACAUCAAUGUGGAUAUAGCUGUUUUUGCAAACGCCACUCUGAGGGCUUCUGGGAUGCCAUCACUACAGAACGUCAUCUUUAAAGCUUCAAAACAGGUGGAUGCCCCUGGGCUGGACUCCACAUCUGUGUAUGACAACUGGAUUCAAUAUGCCAACAGGACAAGUCCGACCCACGGACUCAUUCCCAAGGUGGGAUACCUGUCAGGAGCAGGGAGUGAUUACGCUGCCUUUGUCCACUACCUGGGAAUCACUUCCAUGGACAUAUCAUACACAUAUGACAGGAGUAAAACAAAUGCUCGGAUUUACCCUGCGUAUCACACAGCAUACGACACUUUUGACUACGCUUCAAAGUUCAUUGAUCCCGGGUUCGUCAGUCACCAGGCUAUUGCCAGGACAGCAGGAAACGUCCUGAUCCGAUUGGCUGACAGCCUGGUGUUGCCAUUAAACUGCAGUGACUACGCUGAGACUCUGGAAGACUACCUGAACACAGCCGUGACUCUGUAUGAGCAGCAACUGCAAAACAGGCAUAUCUCCAUGGAACCAAUUAAACGUGCAGUGGCCAGUUUCCGCAAUGCAGCUACUCAUUUGGACCAGGUGAUUCGCUCUUCAGACCUGGCAAAUGAAACACCACUGAAGGUCAGAAGGAUCAAUGACCAGCUCAUGCUGCUGGACCGAGCUUUCUUGGACCCUCUGGCCUUCCCGGAUAAAUAUGCAUUCAGGCAUGUUAUCUGGGCCUCUAGUAGUGCCGGAAAGCCAACCUUCCCCGGUCUUGCCGAUGCCUACGCAAAAGCUGAGUCAUUGGUGGAGUCCAGCGCCUGGGGCAAAGUGCACUACCACCUGUCCGUCCUGAGUCAGGCCAUCGAGGGCGCUGCUCACACACUGGAAGACGUCAUAUAGAAGGAGAGCAGAGAGGAGGGAGGAACUGCACACACUCAGGGAUUCUUUUCUUUUAAAGACAGUGACCUGCAGCCAAUGAGCACUGAUCAGCUCGGCCACGAUGAGACUAUUUAUAGAUGAUAUAAGUCUGCUCUACCAACAAUGACAUGAAUGAUGUCUUAUUUCCAUAUUCUAUGUUUACAAUAUUUCAAUAUAAUUCAUUUUAUUUUUUAAAAACCACUUCAUUGAAGAUGAACCACUUUUAAUACGCUUGUAUUUUGUUUUGUGUACACCAACUAUUAAAAUGAACAUGCACUUACAUAAGGGGUACUUAAAGUCUCUGCAUUGUGUAAACAACAAUAAGAAGAACAAUAAUGAAGAAAAGGUGAAUUAAGUC